CAGGCGCACAGCUAUUAGGAUGGCGUAUUUUUCGACGAACUAAAGUAGGGGUGAAUCGUCUGGGGGGUGAGUCGGCGGCUGACGCCGGAAUAGCGGGACCGGAUAGUUCGGCCGCUGCCCCUUGUUCAAGUUAUCAGUAUUGACGGUACUUCCUGAGGCAGGAAGGCAGCACAUCAUCAAAAUUCCCAUACCAGAGCGCUAAGCAAGCUUGAAUUCAGUGACAAUCCUUGGCAAUCUAAUACUUUACUAUCUGUCUUCAAGAAGCGGGUGAAAAGAGGACCCCGAAGUAGUAACCACCUCCUAGAAGAGCAGGCGAAAAGAGGACCUACAGGCAGUCAGCACCACAUAGAAGAGUUAUCUAAUCCAGUCCAGUCUGUGGCUCCAGAAUGAUGAGGCCAUCUUGAGAGAAAUCAAAGCAUGACACCACAGGAAAACAGCUAAGUAGUUGAUUAAUGCUCAUCCAUACAACUCUACCAUGGAGGACAAGAAAGGAACUUCUGAAAGGAUCCUGCUAGAGCCUUACCACUACGUGCUUCAGUUGCCAGGAAAACAAGUGAGAACCAAACUUUCACAAGCCUUUAACCACUGGUUGAAUGUCCCCAAAGAAAAACUGCAGGUCAUCAUAGAAGUUACAGAAAUGUUGCACAGUGCUAGUUUGCUGAUCGAUGAUAUUGAGGAUAAUUCUAAGCUGCGCCGUGGCUUUCCUGUAGCGCACAGCAUCUAUGGUAUUCCAUCCGUCAUAAACUCUGCCAACUACGUCUACUUUUUGAGUCUGGAGAAGGUGCUGACCCUUGAUCACCCAGAAGCCAUUAAAGUCUUCACAAAACAGCUACUGGAUCUGCAUCGGGGUCAAGGCCUGGACAUCUAUUGGAGAGAUACAUACACCUGUCCGACAAUAGAAGAUUACAAGGCCAUGGUCCUACAGAAAACUGGAGGUCUCUUUGGGCUGGCUGUAGGCCUCAUGCAACUGUUUUCUGAAAAUAAAUCUGACUUAAAGCCUCUCCUUGACACACUGGGGCUUUUAUUCCAAAUACGUGAUGAUUAUGCAAACCUGUUAUCCAAUGAAUACAGUGCAAACAAGGGUUUUGCUGAAGAUUUAACAGAGGGGAAGUUUUCAUUUCCCCUUAUUCAUGCUAUCUCGUCACAUCCAGAAAGUACGCAGGUGCAAAAUAUUUUGCGACAGAGGACUGAAAAUAUAGAUGUAAAGAAAUAUUGUGUAAGCUAUCUUGAAAAGGUGGGUUCUUUUGAUUACACCAGAGAAAUACUCAAACAGUUGGAAUCAGAAGCUUAUAAAACUAUUGACAAAUUUGGAGGUAACCCACAGUUAGAAGCUUUAAUUGAACAACUCAGCCAACUGUAUAAAGAGACUUAAAAAUGCUUUCCCUUUUCUCCCUGCUCUCUCUCCUGAUUCCUUUCUUUGCAGCACACAUGUAUUCUCUCAUGAGUGCUUUUUCACUUGAUUUCUUGUACUGUUGAGUGCUCUCACCUCACUAUCUUUCGUGUGCACUCAUUCAAUUUCUUGCUUUCUUCUGAGAUUGCUCUCCUUUAAUCUCUGUCCCGUGAGCGCACUGUCACUUACUUCCUCAUUCUUGCAGUGUGUGCAAUGUUUAAAAUAGUAUUUGCAGUUGGUUGGGUGAUGAGAAUCACAGGUUUUUGAUGCAAUCAAAAGCUUCCACCUAUAAAAUCAUUAGCUCAGACUGAGCAAAUUUUUGAUGUUUGUGUGAUGGUAAUUUAACACCCUGGUGUAUUGUCAAGAUUAUAGCCAGAAAUAGAAAUACAAUGGUCCAAUCUCUUGGGACCACUACUUUUUGCCAGUAUGAUAUAUUACAGAUGUAUGCAUGGAAGUGUGGUAGCUGGUAGUUUUUAAUAAUUUUUUUUGCUUAAUUGAUGUGUGCCUGAUACAAUGUCUAUCUUAUCCCCUCUGACUCAGCUGUUCUCCCCACUUGUAGUGGUGACUGGGAGUGAGAGGCAAGCUGGUCUUUGGCUCUUAGUGCCAGUACAUUACUCACUUAGAUCAGUGAAAUGCUGGCCGUAAGAGAAGCGAUGGGAGAUAAAGACCUGAAGAUAUUGGCUGAUAUUGGGUUGAGUAGCAGCGAGGGCCCGGAGAGCUAUCAUGAAGGGGAGAAUCUGAGACAACAAGCACUGUAUCAUAAACGUUGAGAUCAGCAUUUGCCAUGUACUUUUCUGUUCUGCACUCCUUGAGACUACAGAUGGACUUGCAGCAGACCAAAACAGUUGAUUGCUUUUCUCUAACUGAUACUGCUGUAACUUUGCUUGGCCUUUUGUAUCAAGUGAGAACGGAUGGUGCUGACCGACUAAACACAGCCAUGCUAAUACCCUUCCAGUUAUAAUUAUUGCACAAUAUUUACAGAAAGAUGGAAGAGUUAGCACAAAACAUUGCAUUGUAAUGAGCUGAUUUUUACAAUAAAUUCAGGCCCAUUUUACUGGGCCAUGUAUUUUACUAA